AUGCGUCGCGAAAAGCGGCAUUUUCUUGCAUUUUUUCCCGUGUUCGCCGCCGUCUUUCUAUCGGCGACGAUACACACGGCAGUGGCCAACGAUGCGGAGAUUCUAACUCCAUCACUCGGCAUAUUUAAUGAUUUUUUUGCGACUGCCUUGAACGGCGGGCAAAAUGCGUCGACGGCCGGAUUCUUCAUGACCGGAGGAGACUUUUCCGGAUUUCUCGACGCCGCGAGAGCGCUCGCGCACGGUGAUGACGUUUACAUCACGUCUUCGCUCAUAGACGCGGUUCUCGGCGGCGUGGUCGAAUCGGAAGAUCCAAACUUUGAUUUGUCACCCCGAGGUUCCGGCGACGAUGGCGAUGUCACAUCGGCAGACAUGUACGUCGAGAAUGCUGACUCUGAUUUCGAGCGCGCUCGUCGGCGGGCGUUUGCAAAGAUGUUCGACUUCGCCCUCGGAGUCACGUCCGAGAGCAUGCGAGCCGUUAUAGAUGUGAAUUCAACCUCAGGAGCUCGGGUCGAAGAGACCUUGCUCGAGGCCACGCGCGAGGCGAGGAACUUUGCCUCGCAAAUACUCAACGCCGGCGGCGACAGUGGCAAACGAGAGGCAGCGAUAGCUUUAUACGAUCGCGUUGAGUCGGGUUUCGUCAGGGCGCGGAAUGUCUUGCGCCGUGCUGCGAUGGCGGAAUCAUCGGCGGAGCUCGCGGCGAGCGCAAACGAGCUCAUCGGUGACGACGACGCGACGUACUUCAACGACGGUAAUUCGCGAUGGAUCAUCACGUCGUCCACUGGACCGGUUCGAUACGUCCAGGAGGAUCCUGCUCGCGAUCGCGCGCGCGGCCACUCGCAUCGCGACGUCGCGCUCGGAGUCGGCGCGUCGCUCUCCUCGCUCGCGCUCGUCGUCCUCGUCAAUGUUCGCCGACGACCGAUAUCUAAGGCGAACGAAUCGCUCGAAGACGCAACCACAUCAAACAUUACGCUCGAACCGUCGAAGCCGACCGUCGAGGACGCGUUUGCGCGGAUUUUGUAA